UUUCCCCUUGCAUCUUUAGAUUAGCCGAUCCCACUGGCCAAGCCAACUCACUCGAUGCGCCAUAGCAACAUCCUGCCAGUGCAGAAGCUGAUACGUAUGGAUGGAUGAUUCUUUCGCUUCGCAAAAAGAUUCAGAGCUUUGAGCUCAACACCAGGUCUAUUUUUCUUAUUGCUAUCAUUGUCGUUGCAGGUUCUGCAGCUGUAUUUAAACGGUUUAUGGGCGCCUCCUCAUCGCACAAAAUGAAUCCUCCUGUGAAAGUGCCAUCGAAAGAGAAAGCGACUGCAGCGCUUAUUUUCCUUCAUGGUUUAGGAGAUACAGGCCAUGGCUGGGCAGAAAUGUUUCGAGAGUUUUCCCUGAAGAAUAUAAGAUGUGUGUGCCCUCAUGCACCCUUGAAACCUGUCACGUUGAAUGGGGGUAUGGUUAUGCCAUCUUGGUUUGACAUCAAGGGGCUGAGCCCAAUGAGUCCCGAGGAUGAACAAGGUGUGAAAGAUUCCUCUAAAGAAUUGCAACAGCUCAUCGCCAAAGAAAUCGCUGAUGGUAUACCAGCUGAGAGGAUUGUGAUUGGAGGAUUUUCUCAGGGCGGAGCGAUAGCGUUGUAUACUGCGUUUGCCGCAGAUGUAAAAAUCGGGGGCGUUCUAGCUCUCAGCACCUGGCUACCUCUUAACAAAUACUUCACCAACCAGAGCAAUGCAAGGUACAACACCGACGUACCGAUCUUACAAUGCCACGGCUUAGCUGACCCACUUGUGUCGCACAGAUGGGGAGAGACUACACAUGAAAUCAUCAAGACAUUCAGUCCAGCAGCUCAGUUCAAGUCCUACAGUAAUCUUGGACACAGUUCUUCUCCUCAGGAAAUGCAGGACGUGAAAGCUUACCUGGAGGAGGUGUUAAAAGACUCAUGAGCUGAAAGCUGUAGAGACAACAACAACUAAAUAAAAACCAAUGUACAGUUGAUGUUGGUUAUAGACCACGUUCAUUUUCUUGUUUCCAUCGUGAACACGAUGGCAGUUUUCCCCCCUCCCCACCAUAUUAUUAUUAUUGCCUGCAAGUGUUCGAGUGCCUGCUUGGUGAAUGUGGUUGACCAUAGCAAUCUUUCUUUAGUAUUCAAGGAUGGAAAGGUAUGACGUGUGAGAAGUGUGCUCUUAUUGUUUGAAUAACUGGGGAAGAUUAUAUAUAUAUGUGUACACAUAUAUAAUACAAGUAGUGUCUCUUAAAGACAAGUAUCUUCAUGCAAAUUAUGACCAACUGUUGUGUGUAUCACUGUCCAUGUGGAAUUUUGCAUUGCGAAAAUAGACUCACUCUGUCGUGUAGAACAAGUUUGAGAUGUUUGAUUGAUUGUCUCCCUCAGAAUCAGUUUUUCCAUUUUCUGCAAAGUAAUGAACCUUUGACUUUGACUCAGGUGGGGGUUGUUGGUACACAUCAUCACCUCAGAAUUAUUUUGUCCAAAGUGUGCGUAAGUAAAGAGGCCCUUGAGACAGAGUUGUUCUGAGGUGAUGAUAUUGUGUCCAGAUGUUGGGGGGUUUUUUGUUUGUUUUUUCCUUUUGUGUGUUCCUCAAAGAUUUUGUUAACCGGAUGAAUAAUUGCGUUAUGCUUUACUGCCGAAUAGCAACGUUCUGUCACAAGGUAUGUAAGACUUACGCUCUUCAAACAAAAGCACGUCGUGGUACUGAAAUUUUCUGUUUUGUUGAUUUGACUGGUUUUGUUUGUGAACGUGGGUAGUUUUUGUUGGAUUUUUGAAAACUUUUUUCUUUUGAUGCUUGCCAUAUUGGGCUCUUGUUUUUAGUUUAGAAGAAACUUGCUGUGGUUCUGUUGAAAUAUUUGCCCAGAUUUUUGCAAAGGUGUAUUAGUAACAACAUCAGUCUCAUGUAUUGGGGAAAAAAACGGUUGAUCUAUUCAAUCUGAAAUUAAAUUACCGUAUAGUAUCUAUUCAAAUUCUCUAAAUACUUUAUGAAAAGAAGAAAAGUAUUUUUUAUUUGCCAUUUAUUUUUCAGGAUGUGCUAUUUAUGCCUGAGAGUCUUUUGACUUUUUUUUUUUAUAAAUUAAGCAGGGCUAUUAUUUCCAAUUUUGACCAAACACUUCUCCUGUGUACAUUCUACUGCUGCAUCAGCGAAAUAAUUACACAGAAAAUAUGCGCAGCGUCUGCUCACAGAUUGCUUUACUUUCGUUUGCGAUAUAUUUGUGCAGUGUUUGCCCUCAGUUUGCCUCUUUUUUCUUCCUUUUUUUUUUUCAGUUGCAAGAUAUUCCUCUAGGUAGAUAGGAAGCUUACUGUGCGGUGAUGGGAAGUGGGUGUUUGUGGCAUCUUGUAUCGGUGGGUGAAGGGUACAGACGCUACGUGCUGGAGUACCAUUGUGCUUGUUGUAUUCACUUUGUUUGUGUUUGUGUAGACAGAGUGUAUUCUUAGGGUAGGCCCACACCGGCGCCGAGCCCAACGGUCAGACCAGACCCGUUUUCUGACACAAAAGAAUGAACGCCCGCAGAACAGUAACGACAGGUAAUGAGAACCAGCAACCCGCCCACACCAAAACCCGACGUCCCAGACCAGACGGUUUAGGAAUGAACUUGCUCAUUGCACGCCGUUCAUCGGGCGAAAGAGGGGAUAAUUUUCGUAGAUAUUGCCUCUAUAAAUUCUCUCCACUUUCCCGCCACAGUCGGUUGGUUUUUGUUUUGAGAGUAUUUUACAGCGCUUGCGUGAUGAAAGCAGACGACAGGACAUGUGAGCAGGAAAGGAGGUAAAAGGGGGAAAAUUUAAAGAAGAACAUUUUCCAUUGCUUUCAAGUUUCGAUCCCGUGACCCAUUUAAUGAGAGGCAAACAACGUAAAACGUAACCCCUAGACCACAAGAGCACACUCACACACACACACCUACACACACACCUUCCUAACCACAAAAAGAACUACCACUUUCUCCUCCUGCUACACGCCAUAUUCUACUAGUAAACCAAUGUUGUCUGACCGUCGGGUACCAGUGGCGGUAUGGGCGCCACAGCCCGGCAGAAAAUCAUCGGGUCAGGUCUGACCAUUGCGCCGGACGCCGGUGUGGAUCUAGAUCUAGCCUUACUCUAGGAUGUCAGGGGUGGUUAGAAGGCACUGCUGGUAGAUCCCUUCUUCUUCUGUGUCUCUACAAUCGCAACAAUUGGCCCUUUGUGUUUGUCAAAUAAACUGCUGAUUGUUCUAUACCUUGUUUGUGAGGAAAAGUUGAAUACAGAUAAAGGGCAAGUGUGUGAUUUAUGGCUUCUGUGAAACUGUAUAUAAUAUAUGUAUAUAUAUAUAUAUUAUAUAUAUAUGUGUGUGUGUGUGUGUGUAUUCAGAUCCCCCCCCCCCCCCCCCCAAGUGAUCACCAUCUGCCCUUUUGUGAGUAUACAUGGGUGUGUUGAAGUUUUUCCUUGAUCUGUAUUCUUUUUCAUACCAUCUGGCAUAGCUGCUCUUCAUUUUUGUUUUAAAGUAUAAAGUAGUGGCUCUUCCCCCUUGUAGCUUUUGUGGUUCUUCAUGGGCGAUUUCCUGUCUGUGUAUUUAGAUGGCGUGUAUUUUCUUUUAUAAAAGCACUUUCUAGGAAAGUAAUCGUUGUAUUACAAAGUAAACUGUGUCACUGACUGUCUGGUCAGAAACUUUGUAAUUUAGAAUAUAAUGUACCUCUGGACCGGGUUCGAGCUCCGAUUCGGACAUGGAUUUUUUUCACCCCCUCCUGCCCACCCAGCAGUAAUGGGUGCCUGACUUAGAGUUGGAGAAGUAAAGGCGGCUUGGAAAGGAACUGGCCACCCUACCAUGAUAUGCCGACGGCCCAGGAAGUAGUCUCACUAACAAGGGAAUCCCCAAUGUCCGGAUCGGACGUGGGAACAACUUUACUUUUUUACCACUAGACCCAUCCAUAUAUAUACACUGGAACAAAUUUUAUCAUUUCUUUUAUUAUGUUUUCCUUUUAUAAUGUAAGCGGUGUUGGAAAGGAAAAUGUGAGAAUGCUGUAUUUUGUGUGCACACUUCGUUGAUAAUUUAUAACAAGUGAUGGUUUUCUUGCAGAAGGAAAGCAGUGAAACCUCCAUCAUCUGUGGUAGACUUUGUUAAGCUUGGCUUCAUAUUCUCAGCUUGACAUUGCAUCCUUUUCAAGCUACAGAUCACUGGAAUUAUCUCAUAUAUCACAGUUUAUAUAAAAAGUCUUGUAACAAGAUGUGUUAACGUUAGACAAUAAUAUGAUCCGUACAUUUGGAGUCCCCGCUUGUGUGUGUUUCUACGGGGUCUGAAACGUUUAGGGUGGUUUUUCCCCCGAGACAGCUGGCACCUCUGAAGUGAACCCUUUGAAUCCUUAAAGUGCACAACCAUACAUACUCAACCUUCUCACUUUACCCUUUGUGCAAUGAGCUCACGCCUCAGUAUGCAGUGCUGUAAUUCUAGCAGUCAACCAAUGGGAGGCGAGGUGCACAGAUCCUGUAUAAGUACCGUACAGUAUAAUACGGAUAGUUCAAAUUCGUCGGGACCGGCCUCUGUAGUAGUUCGAGGGGCCGCAGGCACAGUUCAGCGGAUGAGUGAUUGAUUUGGGGUCUUCUGUGUUUGACUUAUCCGUGUUAAACUGUUAAAGGCUCAGGAGUCUACUAAGGCUCCGAUGUGUAACGGCUGUUGGGCUGAACUGAAUACGAAGCCAGUGUGAGUGUUUUAACCAGUUCCUCUUGCUCUGUGGUUUGUUUCCACAAGGGCUCCAGACCUCGUUUGUCUCGCGUGAAAGUAUUUUGUCUAUGCACUUUCCCAGAUAAAUAUUUUACUUGGAACUUUGGUGUGUGUUGCAAGGCUCCCCUUUUUAUUAUCAUGGCAGUUAUUGCUUUUGUUUUGUUUUUGUUGAGGUUUUUUGUUUCUUGUUUUCAGUUGUAAAAUAGCUGAGGAGCCUUGCCAACUAUUGAUUAGUUUUGUCAAGUGUGUCACUUAACAACUGUUUUGAAUUUGGUUCUGCCUGUGAAAGUAUUCAAGUCCGUUCUCACAUGCAAGUUUCCAGAAACUUUCUUGUUUAUUUUUUUCAGUGUCUAUGAAAGUGUUUUUGGUUGGGUUGGUUUUUUGGGUUUUUUUAUAACUAUGCAUGUUUUUAUUAGUUGUAUUAUAAUAAUAUGGUUUAAAAAAAGACAGAUGAUGGAAAACAUUUGUAGAGAGUGGAAUUUUUAAGAUGUUAGUACUGUUAGCUUUUUGUUUUGCUUGAACUGGCUGUAUUAUUCAGUGGUCAGAAAUGUUCACACUGCAAUUAAAACUGUAUCUGGAAAGGAGAAA